AUUAUCUUGUUGAAGAGAAUAUAAUUCUAUAUUGACCCUUAUCUUGUUUUGUGCUUAAAGUUGCAAGCUUUCUCUAGAGAAGAAUCUAAUCUUGAGGGGAAAAAGUUUCAAUCUUGAUUAAGAUUCAAGGGAUCUUGAAUUUCUGUGUCUGAACCCAUAAAAAUGUCAUCUAAAUCAACUAGUAGAACUCAUUGUUCCAAAAGUAGUUCAUCAAGGUUGAAACAUGGUGCUAGAGUAGUAUUACAGACCCCAAUUGAUGCUAAACUUCAUGUCGAUUUUGAAGAAUCCGAAAGACAAUUUGAUUACUCGACUUCUGUCGAUGUUAAUGCCUCGACUUCAACUAGUAAUGUUCCAUCGUCGACUGUAUCGUCUUAUUUACAAAAAAUGCAAAGAGGGAGUCAAAUACAACCUUUUGGUUGUUUGAUUGCCAUUGAUGAACAGAGUUUUGGUGUCAUAGCGUAUAGUGAAAAUGCCUUAGAGAUGCUUGAUUUAGCUCCACACGCAGUCCCCAGUAUAGAGCAACAAGAGGCUUUAACAUUUGGGACGGAUGUACGAACCCUUUUUAAAUCCUCAAGUGCAUCUGCACUUCAAAAAGCAGCUAACUUCCAAGAGGUUAAUCUGUUGAAUCCUAUAUUAGUUCAUUGUAGGAGUUCAGGUAAACCGUUUUACGCCAUUUUACAUAGGAAUGAUGUGGGGUUGAUGAUAGAUUUAGAGCCUGUGAAUCCUGCAGAUGUGCCCGUAACUGCUGCUGGAGCUUUAAAAUCUUAUAAGCUUGCAGCUAAAUCAAUAUCUAGGUUACAAUCUUUACAAAGUGGGAAUAUAUCACGAAUGUGUGAUGUGUUGGUUAAAGAAGUGAGUGAUUUAACCGGUUAUGAUCGUGUUAUGGUUUAUAAAUUUCAUGAAGAUGAACAUGGUGAAGUUAUUGCUGAGUGUCAAAAACCCGAUCUUGAACCUUAUCUUGGCUUACAUUACCCUGCUACUGAUAUCCCACAAGCUUCAAGGUUUCUUUUUAUGAAAAAUAAGGUUAGAAUGAUUUGUGAUUGUGCGGCUCAAUCCGUGAAGGUGGUUCAAACCAAGAGUUUGUCCCAGCCGUUGAACCUCUCUGGGUCUGCUUUGAGGGCACCACAUGGAUGUCAUUCGCAGUACAUGGCAAAUAUGGGCUCGAUUGCAUCUCUUGUGAUGUCUGUAACGAUCAAUGAGGGUGAUGAUGACGAUGAGGAUGAUGGUGAGGAAUCUGAAAGUGGAAUCUAUCAGCAACAAAAGCAAAAGGGGAAAAGAUUAUGGGGUUUGGUGGUUUGUCAUCAUUCAACUGCUCGAUUUGUACCAUUUCCUUUGAGGUAUGCAUGUGAGUUUUUGAUUCAAGUUUUUGGUGUUCAAAUAAAUAAAGAAGUUGAACUGGCUGGUCAAUUGCGUGAAAAACAUAUCUUGAAAACACAAACCGUGCUUUGUGAUAUGCUUUUGAGAGUUGCUCCUAUGGGGAUCAUGACUCAAUCGCCUAAUGUAAUGGAUCUUGUUACAUGUGAUGGGGCAGCUCUAUACUACAAGAAUAAGUGUUCAUUACUCGGGAUAACUCCAACAGAAUCACAAAUCAGAGAUAUAGCAAAUUGGCUUCUGGAAGAGCAUGCAGGGAGUACUGGUUUAAGUACGGAUAGUCUCAUGGAUGCCGGAUAUUCAAAUGCUUUGAUUCUGGGACCAGCUGUUUGUGGAAUGGCGGCUGUCAAGAUUACCUCGAAAGAUUUCCUUUUUUGGUUUCGGUCCCAUACAGCUAAGGAAGUGAAAUGGGGUGGGGCAAAACAUGAUCCUGAUGAUAAAGAUGAUGGAAGAAAAAUGCAUCCACGAUCGUCAUUUAAAGCGUUUUUGGAAGUGGUUAAGAACCGGAGUUUACCAUGGGAAGAUGUGGAAAUGGAUGCCAUUCAUUCUUUACAAUUGAUACUUAGGGGGUCUUUGCAAGAUGACGAGAUGGUAGUUGAUGCUGCUGCUGAUGAUGAUGGUAUGAAAACAAUAUGUGUUCCCCCCAUUGAUACGAGCAUACAACGGGUUGAUGAACUGCGGGUUGUAGCUAAUGAAAUGGUUCGGCUUAUUGAGACAGCUUCGGUUCCUAUACUCGCAGUUGAUGGUAAUGGAAAUAUCAGUGGUUGGAACGAUAAAAUAGCCGAGAUUACUGGAUUGCCAUUGGAUCAAGCUGUUGGUGUCCCGCUAGUCAAUUUGGUUGUCGAUGACUCGGUUGAUGAAGUGAAAAUGAUGCUCUCCUCUGCUUUACAAGGGAUCGAGGAGAAAAAUAUUGAAAUUAACCUUAAAUGUUUCGGUAGUCAAGAAACAGAUGGUCACGUGACACUUGUUACAAAUGCUUGUUGCAGCCGUGAUUUAAGUGAAACGAUCGUAGGGGUAUGCUUUGUCGGACAAGAUCUAACAGGUCAAAAGUUAAUCACAGACAAAUACACAAAAGUCAAAGGUGAUUAUACUAGUAUUGUGCGUAACCCAUGUGCUCUUAUUCCCCCGAUCUUCAUGAUGGAUGAGUAUGGUAAAUGCUUGGAAUGGAAUGAUGCCAUGGAAAAGUUAACCGGUUUGAAGAGGGAAGAAGCCAGCAACCGUAUGCUUCUUGGUGAAGUUUUUACUGUUGGUAGUUUCGGCUGUCGGGUAAAAGAAGAUACUCUGACAAGGCUCAAAAUAUUACUAAAUGAGGUAAUAUCUGGGUUAGAUUCAGAUAAAUUGUUGUUCGGGUUUUUUGACCAAAAUGGUAAGUACGUGGAGGCGUUACUUUCUGCCACCAAAAGAGUUGAUGGAGAUGGAAAGAUUACGGGGGUUUUGUGUUUUCUACAUGUAACGAGCCCUGAGCUUCAACAUGCCAUGUUGAUGCAGAAAAUGUCUGAGCAGGCUGCUUUAAAUAGCCUUACAAAGGUGUCUUAUUUGCGCCAUGAACUAAAAAGUGGUUUAAACGGGAUCAAAUGUAUUGAGGACUUGAUGGUAGCAACAGCAUUGCGUGAAGACCAGAGACAUAUUGUGCAUAAGAGUCACUUGUGUCGAGAACAAUUAGCACAGAUUGUAGAUGAUUCCGAUAUAGAAAGCAUCGAACAAUGCUAUUUGGAAAUGAAAUGCGCGGAGUUUAAACUUGGGGAGUCUUUGGAGGUGGUUUUGAACCAAAUCACGAUCCUGAGCCGUGAACGGAAGGUGGAGGUCGUUUAUGAUGCACCCGAACAAGUGUUAUCGUUAUCUGUAUUUGGUGACAAUUUGAGGCUUCAACAAGUCCUUUCUGACUUCUUAUCAAAUGCUCUCAGUUUCACUCCUCAAUAUGAAGGAUCUUCAAUUCAGUUUCGUGUGACUCACAGGAUGGAACACAUAGGAACAAAAAUUCAAGUUGCACAUCUUGAAUUUAGAAUUACCCAUCCGGCACCUGGGAUCCCAGAGAAAUUGAUUCAAGAUAUGUUCCACACCAGCAGAAGUGUCUCAAGAGAAGGUCUUGGACUUUACAUAAGCCAAAAGCUCGUGAAAAUCAUGAAUGGAACGGUACAGUAUCUCAGAGAAGCCGAUAGAGCUUCUUUCAUUGUUUUGAUCGAGUUUCCAGUAUCACACUUGUCGACUGCUGGCAGUAAACGCUCAAAAAGAAACUGAUAAAACGGAGGCCAUUGAGUGUUUCAAGUCAGAGACAUGAAAAGUUUGAUUGGUCCACCGUGUUUGUAACCUGGUCCGUUUUUUUUUUUUUUUUUUGGUUUUUGUACAGGAGAAGAGAAGAUGAUGUUCAUCAAAGUUUCAUGAAUUUCUUUGUACCGGAUUUUGAAUGUUAAAUAUUAUAUAUAGUAUACCAUAGUGUUGUAACUUGUAACA